CAGGGCAAUUCCCUAACUUUUCUCUUUUUCUCACAAGGCUAUAGUUCAAUAUUCCAUUCUGGGGGCACAUAUCCUGUCUCAAAUUCCGACUCAGGGCUUCUCGACGCCAAGGCACUUCAAUUGUUGCAAGCCUCUACUCUGGAGUGCUCCCCAGGAUUUGGUCAGGAUCCAGGUCUACGUCCCACUGCUCAGCCUGGGUCAAUACAGAGAAUAUCUAACUAGGGACUGAGUGGUGAAAUAGAGGUGCUACGGUUGGAGGAGUAGCCAGACUUACCAAUGGGAUCAGGGAAGCUGGCUCAGGUGCUGCUGGGAUGGGCAGCGGUGUGCCUUUCAGCCGGCCAUGUGAGUGGUGCUCAAACUGGGGAUGGACCGUACCAAGCUAGCCGAUUCACCGGCACUGUGGACCAGAGAGAGGCGCAGCGGGUUCGACGUCGUGGCCAGGAGACACUGAGAGGGCCCAAUGUGUGUGGCUCUCGCUUCCAUUCAUACUGCUGUCCAGGCUGGAAGACUUUGCCGGGAGGGAACCAGUGUAUCGUUCCUAUUUGCAGGAAUUCGUGUGGCGAUGGAUUCUGUUCCAGACCAAACAUGUGUACCUGUUCAAACGGCCAGCUCUCUCCCAGCUGUGGAGCAGGAGGGGGAGUUCAGUCCUGUAACGUCAGGUGUAUGAAUGGAGGCAGCUGUUCGGAGGAAUCAUGCUCCUGCACCAAAGGCUACACAGGCAACCACUGUGGACAACCUGUGUGUGAGAACGGCUGCCAGAACGGUGGGCGCUGCAUCGGACCCAACAGAUGUGCCUGUGUCUAUGGUUUCACUGGCCCGCAGUGCGAGAGAGACUAUAGGACUGGACCAUGUUUCACACAGGUGAACAACCAGAUGUGUCAGGGCCAGCUCAGUGGAAUCGUCUGCACCAAAACCCUGUGCUGUGCUACGAUUGGUCGAGCCUGGGGCCACCCCUGCGAGCAGUGCCCUGCCCAGCCACACCCCUGCAGGCGAGGCUUCAUCCCCAACAUCCGCACUGGAGCCUGCCAAGAUGUGGACGAGUGCCAGGCAGUGCCAGGUCUGUGUUCAGGAGGAAACUGCAUCAACACUGUGGGGUCCUAUGAGUGUAAAUGUCCCGCCGGCCACCGUCAGAGUGAAACCAGCCACAAAUGUGAAGAUAUCGAUGAAUGCAGCACCAUUCCCGGUGUGUGUGAUGGAGGAGAAUGCACCAACACUGCUGGUAGCUACGUCUGCACCUGUCCACGAGGUUACAUCUCCAGCACAGAUGGUUCCAGAUGCGUGGAUCAGCGUGUUGGCACCUGUUUCUCCGCUCUGGCUAACGGCCGCUGUGCUGCAGAGCUGACUGGCCAGUUCACCAAGAUGCAGUGCUGCUGUGACACAGGACGCUGCUGGGCUCUGGGACAAAUCCCUGAGAUGUGCCCCGUCAGGGGAUCUGAUGAGUUCAGGCGCCUGUGUAUCGUAGGUGUUCCCCAAGGUCUGCCUCAUGGCUACCCCAACGGACAAUUCCCCAACACUAACGGCAAUGGGUUCAACUAUGGAUUCAAGUUCCCCAGUAUACCCAAUGGUAACGGCAACGGAGGAGGAUCCUUUGGGGGAAAUGGUGGAGGCUUUGGAGGUAAUGGUGGAGGCUUUGGAGGCAAUGGAGGCGGCCUUCAGACAAACCCAAGUAUAAGAACAGUGUCUGUGAAUGAAUCCAUAGACGUGUGCAAACAUUUCACCCAGCUGUGUCUGAACGGACACUGCAUUCCCACACUGACCAGCUACCGCUGCGAGUGCAACAUGGGCUACAGACAGGAUAUCCGUGGAGAAUGUAUUGAUGUUGAUGAGUGUGUGAGUAAACCAUGUACCAAUGGAGACUGUGUCAACACACCUGGAUCCUACUACUGCAAGUGCCAUGAAGGUUACCAGGGAACUCUGUCCAAACAAGCCUGCAUCGACAUUGAUGAGUGUAUUAUGAAUGGAGUGAUGUGUCGCAACGGCCGUUGUGUAAACACAGAGGGAAGCUUUCAGUGUGUCUGCAACGCUGGCUUUGAGCUCACUCCUGAUGGAAAGAACUGCAUUGAUCAUGACGAGUGUGCCACCACCAACAUGUGUCUUAACGGCAUGUGUAUCAACGAGGAUGGCAGCUUUAAGUGCAUAUGCAAACCUGGCUUUUCUUUAGCACCCAAUGGACGAUACUGCACAGACAUAGACGAGUGUCUCACACCUGGCAUUUGCAUGAACGGCCGCUGCAUCAACUCGGAGGGCUCCUUCCGCUGCGAGUGCCCUCCAGGCCUGGCUAUUGAUGUUGAUGGGAGAGUGUGUGUGGACACACACAUGAGAACCACCUGCUAUGGCGCCAUAAAGAUGGGUACAUGCUCGCGGCCGUUCCCCGGUGCAGUGACCAAGUCUGAGUGCUGCUGUGCAAGUCCAGAACAUGGCUUUGGAGAGCCGUGCCAACCCUGUCCUUCUAGAAACUCAGCUGAGUUCCAGGCUGUUUGCAGCAGUGGUAUUGGCAUUACAACUGAUGGUAGAGACAUCAAUGAGUGCGGACUGGACCCGGACAUAUGUCAGAACGGCAUCUGUGAGAACCUGAGAGGAAGCUACCGCUGCAUUUGUAACAUCGGUUAUGAGUCUGACACCAGUGGGAAGAACUGUGUUGACAUCAACGAGUGCAUGGUGAACCGUCUGCUUUGUGACAACGGCCUGUGCAGAAACACCCCCGGCUCAUACACCUGCUCCUGUCCUAAAGGAUAUGUCUUCAAACCUGACUCAGAGACUUGCGAAGAUAUCAACGAGUGCGAGUCCAACCCGUGCAUCAAUGGAGCGUGUCGCAACGUGGCCGGGUCCUUCAACUGUGAGUGCUCACACGGCAGCAAGCUGGACUCCACAAACACCAUCUGCGUGGACAGUAUGAAGAGCACCUGCUGGCUGACCAUUCAAGACAACCGCUGCGAGGUCAACAUCAAUGGAGCUACACUGAAGUCUGAGUGCUGUUCAACACUGGGAGCCGCCUGGGGGAGCCCAUGUGAACGCUGCGAAGUCGAUACAGCCUGCUCUCGAGGGUUUGCUCGUAUGAAGGGCCUUGUGUGUGAAGACAUUAAUGAGUGUGAGGUGUUCCCUGGAGUGUGUACAAAUGGCCGCUGUACGAACACCCAGGGCUCGUUCCGCUGUGAGUGUGCUGAGGGUCUGAGCUUGGACAGCACUGGACGCACAUGUGUGGAUAUGCGUAGCGAGCAGUGCUUCAUGAAGUGGCACGAGGAUGAGUGUGGCCAGCCGCUGCCUGGGAGAUACCGUGUGGACAUGUGCUGCUGCUCUGUGGGGGCAGCCUGGGGAAUUGACUGUGAGGAGUGUCCCAAAUCAGGCACACCUGAGUACAGAACCAUCUGUCCCAGAGGGCACGGCUUCGCCAACAGAGGAGAUAUUCUGACCGGCAGAGCCUUCUACAAGGAUGUGAAUGAGUGUAAAGUGUUCCAGGGUUUGUGUACUCAUGGAAAUUGCCGGAACACCAUUGGAAGUUUCAAGUGUCGCUGCAACAGUGGGUUUGCUCUGACUGCAGAGGAGAGGAACUGCACAGAUAUUGAUGAGUGCCGCAUCUCCCCGGACCUGUGUGGUCACGGUGCCUGUGUCAACACACCUGGCAGCUUUGAGUGUGAAUGCUUUGACGGAUAUGAGAGCGGCUUCAUGAUGAUGAAGAACUGCAUGGAUAUUGAUGAGUGUGAGAGGAACCCUCUGCUGUGUAGCGGAGGAACCUGCCUGAACACAGAAGGAAGUUAUGAGUGUGACUGUCCCACUGGACACUCGCUCAGCACAGAUGGAUCUGCUUGUGAAGAUGUGAAUGAGUGCCAGCUGAGUGACAACUUGUGCAAAAAUGGGCAGUGUGUCAACAUGGCGGGAACCUACCAGUGCUCCUGUGACACAGGUUACCAGGCCACACCGGACCGACAGGGCUGCGUUGAUAUUGAUGAGUGCACCAUCAUGAACGGAGGCUGUGAGACACACUGUACCAACUCAGAGGGCAGCUAUGAGUGCAGCUGUAGUGAUGGCUACGCUCUUAUGCCUGACCUCAGGACCUGUUCAGAUAUUGACGAGUGUGAGGAGACUCCAGACAUCUGUGAUGGAGGACAGUGUACCAACAUCCCAGGAGAAUACAGAUGUCUGUGUUACGAUGGCUUCAUGGCUUCAAUGGACAUGAGGACGUGUAUCGAUGUGAACGAGUGUGACUUGAACCCAAACAUCUGUCUCCACGGCGACUGCGAGAACACCAAGGGCUCCUUCAUCUGCCACUGUCAGCUGGGAUACUUUGUCAAGAAGGGAUCCACGGGCUGCACAGAUGUUGAUGAGUGUGAAAUCGGAGCUCACAACUGUGACAUGCAUGCUGCCUGCAUUAACGUUCCUGGCAGCUUCAAGUGUCGCUGUCGGGAUGGCUGGAUAGGAGAUGGUAUCAAGUGUGUAGAUCAGGACGAGUGCUCUGCAGAGGACCACAACUGUAACAUCAAUGCAGACUGUGUCAACACACCUGGAUCCUACAGGUGUACCUGCAAAGAGGGAUUCAAUGGAGAUGGAUUCUCUUGCUCUGACAUGGACGAGUGUGCAGACAAUGUGAACUUGUGUGAGAACGGCCAGUGUCUGAACGCUCCAGGAGGCUACCGCUGUGAGUGUGAGAUGGGCUUCACUCCUACAGAAGACAGCAAGGCCUGUCAAGACAUAGAUGAGUGCAAUUUCCAGAACAUCUGCGUGUUUGGAACGUGCCAGAACCUUCCAGGGAUGUUCCGCUGUGUGUGUGAUGAUGGUUAUGAACUCGACCGCAGCGGAGGAAACUGCACGGACAUCAACGAGUGUGCAGACCCUGUGAACUGUAUCAACGGGUUGUGUGUGAACACUCCUGGGAGCUACCUGUGCAACUGCCCUGCUGACUUUGAGCUCAACCCCACGGGAGUGGGCUGCGUGGAUACCCGUGUUGGAAACUGCUUCCUGGAUAUUCUUGCCCGUGGGGAUGGAGGAAUCUCCUGCAGCGCUGAGAUCGGAGUGGGUGUAACUAGAGCUUCCUGUUGCUGCUCCCUGGGAGGAGCCUGGGGAAACCCCUGUGAACUCUGCCCAGCUCCCAAUUCAACGGAGUAUAAGACCCUCUGUCCAGGAGGAGAGGGAUUCAGACCAAACCCCAUCACAGUUAUCCUGGAAGAUAUUGAUGAGUGCCAGGAGCUGCCAGGUCUCUGCCAAGGUGGAAACUGUGUUAACACCUUUGGUAGUUUCCAGUGUGAGUGUCCAGCAGGCUACUAUCUGAAUGAGGAGACUCGCAUCUGUGAGGAUAUCGAUGAGUGCACAACCCACAUUGGGAUCUGUGGACCGGGUACCUGCUACAACACUUUGGGUAACUACACCUGUGUGUGCCCCCCUGAGUACAUGCAGGUCAAUGGAGGAAACAACUGCAUGGACAUGAGGAAGAGUGUGUGUUACCGAAACUUCAACGACACGUGUGAGAACGAGCUGUCUUUCAACAUGACCAAGAAGAUGUGCUGCUGUGCCUACAACGUGGGGAAAGCCUGGAACAAGCCGUGUGAGGCCUGUCCAACUCCUGCCACCUCUGAGUACCAGUUACUGUGCGGUAACCAAGCUCCUGGCUUCAUUAUUGACAUUCACACUGGCAAGCCAAUUGAUAUUGAUGAGUGCAGGGAGAUCCCUGGAAUCUGUCAGAAUGGAGUUUGUAUCAAUCAGAUCGGGAGCUUCCGCUGUGAAUGUCCAAUGGGCUUUAGCUACAACAACAUACUUCUCAUUUGUGAAGAUAUUGAUGAGUGUAACAGUGGAGACAACCUGUGCCAACGUAAUGCCAACUGUGUCAACAUCCCAGGCAGCUACCGCUGCGAGUGCUCGCCAGGCUUCAAACUGUCCCCCAACGGGGCCUGUGUCGACCGUAAUGAGUGCCAGGAGAUUCCAAACGUGUGCAGCCAUGGAGAGUGUAUUGAUACGCAGGGAAGCUAUCGAUGUCUGUGCCACAAUGGCUUCAAGGCUACCGCUGACCUGACCAUGUGCAUGGACAUUGAUGAGUGUGACAGACAGCCAUGCGGUAAUGGAACCUGCAAAAACACAGUUGGGUCAUACAACUGCCUCUGCUUCCCCGGCUUUGAGCUCACACACAACAAUGACUGCAUGGAUGUAGAUGAGUGCAGCGCCCUCCAGGGCCAAGUGUGCAGGAACGGACAGUGUAUCAAUGGAAUGGGCUCCUUCCAGUGUCUCUGCCACGAGGGUUAUGAGAACACUCAUGAUGGGAAAAACUGUGUUGAUAUCAAUGAGUGUGUGAGUCUGCCUGGGACCUGCUCUCCAGGAACUUGUCAGAAUCUGGACGGGUCUUUCAGAUGUAUCUGUCCUCCUGGGUAUGAGGUGCAGAAUGACCAGUGUAUAGAUAUCAACGAGUGUGAGGUGGAACCGAACAUCUGCCAGUUUGGCACCUGCACCAACACCCCAGGAAGCUUCCAGUGCACCUGUCAGCCAGGCUUCGUGCUCUCUGACAACAAACGGCGCUGCUAUGAUACCAGAGAGAGCUUCUGUUUCACCAAAUUCGAGGCAGGAAAGUGCUCCGUCCCCAAAGCUUUCAACACAACCAAGGCCCAGUGCUGCUGCAGUAAGAUGCCUGGUGAGGGCUGGGGACUUCCCUGUGAGCUGUGCCCCCGAGAGACCGAGGCUGCUUUUGACACUCUGUGUCCCUAUGGCCAUGGAGCUCUGCCUGGACCAGGGGACACUCGACAAGACAUGAACGAGUGUCUGAAUAACCCAGGGAUCUGCCAGAACGGUAUCUGUAUCAACACAGAUGGAUCGUUCCGCUGUGAAUGCCCGUUUGGAUACAACCUUGAUUACACUGGAGUCAACUGUGUUGACACUGACGAGUGCUCCAUCGGAAACCCGUGUGGCAAUGGAACCUGCACCAAUGUGGUUGGCGGUUUUGAGUGUUCGUGCCAGGAGGGUUUCGAGCCUGGACCCAUGAUGACAUGUGAAGAUAUCAAUGAGUGCUCCAACAAUCCUCUCCUCUGUGCCUUUCGGUGUGUUAACACCUUUGGUUCCUAUGAAUGUAUGUGUCCGACCGGCUAUGUGCUGAGAGAUGACCAACGCAUGUGCAGAGAUCAAGACGAGUGUGAUGAGGGUCUGGACGACUGUGACUCCAAGGGUAUGACCUGUAAGAACCUGAUCGGUACCUUCAUGUGUAUCUGCCCUCCUGGCAUGCAGCGUAGACCAGACGGAGAUGGAUGUAUGGAUCUGAACGAGUGUCGCGCCAAGCCUGGCAUCUGCAAGAACGGGCGUUGUGUCAACACAGUUGGAAGCUACCGCUGCGAGUGCAAUGACGGUUUUGAGUCAAGCUCCACUGGAACUGAAUGUAUCGACAAUCGAAAGGGCUACUGCUAUGCAGAGGUUCUGCAGACAAUGUGCCAGCAGUCAUCCACCAGCAGAAACAGCGUAACCAAGUCUGAGUGCUGUUGCAACAUGGGCCGAGGCUGGGGGUCACAGUGUGAGCUCUGCCCACUGCCUGGCACUGUACAGUACAAGAAGAUGUGCCCACUCGGACCUGGUUACACCACAGACGGUAGAGACAUCAAUGAGUGCACGGUGAUGCCAGAUUUGUGCAAGAACGGUCAGUGCAUCAACACCAUUGGAUCCUUCCGCUGUCACUGUAACGUGGGCUACAAAACUGACUUCACUGCAACCUCCUGUAUUGAUAUGGAUGAGUGUGCUCUGUCACCGAAGCCCUGUAACUUCCUCUGUAAGAACACAGAGGGCAGCUACCUCUGCUCCUGUCCUAGAGGAUACAGCCUGCAGCCUGAUGGAAAGACCUGCAAAGAUCUGGAUGAAUGUUCAACCAAGCAGCACAACUGCCAGUUCCUCUGUGUCAACACCAUCGGAGGUUUCACCUGCAAGUGUCCUCCCGGCUUCACACAGCACCAGACUGCCUGCAUUGACAACAAUGAGUGUAAUGGUCAGAACAGUGCGUGUGGUAAUCGAGCCGCUUGUGUCAACACACCUGGCAGUUUCAACUGUGAAUGCUCUAAAGGUUUCUCUUUGGACACCACAGGCAUUGAGUGUGAAGACGUGGAUGAGUGUAGUAGUAACCAUCGCUGUCAGCAUGGCUGUCAGAACAUGCUGGGAGGCUUCCGCUGUGGCUGUCCUCAGGGCUACGUGCAGCACUAUCAGUGGAACCAGUGUGUGGAUGAGAACGAGUGUCAGGGCGCAUCAGUUUGUGGCUCUGCCUCUUGCUACAACACACUGGGCAGCUUCAAGUGUGUGUGUCCCUCUGGCUUUGAAUUUGAGCAGACCGGUUCAGGAUGCUCAGAUGUGAAUGAAUGUAGCACCGGCAGCAACCCCUGUAUCUAUGGCUGCUCCAACACCGAUGGAGGCUACUUAUGUGGCUGUCCUGGAGGCUUCUACAGAGCCGGACAGGGUCACUGUCUAACAGGCUCAGGUUUCUCGGGUCCGUUUGUGGAGGGUGGUGAUGAUGAGGACAGUCUGUCUCCUGAGACCUGUUAUGAGUGUAAGAUCAACGGAGGAAAGAAUGGACGACACAAACGAAAUGCUGAUGACAAUGACAUCAAAAAGGAACCAUCAGUGAGUAUGGCCAGCGUGGACACCCAGGACUCCAUCCACAUGAAUCUCUCUCUCUCCCAACUGCUCAACAAGGAGCCUCUACUCGAGCUCCUGCCUGCCCUGCAGCCCCUGGAGAAACACAUCCGCUACGUCAUCACCCACGGCAAUACCAAUGAACAGUUCCGCCUGCUGGAACGCCGGGAUGGAAAGAGCGUGCUCCGGCUCGGCAAGAGGCCGCCCUCAGUGGGAUCCUACCGGCUAGAUAUUGCCAGCCUGCGGCUGUUCGGGCCUCGCAGACUACACCAGCUGGAGGAGCAGCACGACAGUGACUACCUACAAGGGGAAAUAGGAGACGCCCUGCGUAUCAAGCUCCACAUCCACCUGCACUGAGCUCAGAGUGUGCUAGCUAUCCUGUCCUGGACUGAUUCUUAAAGCCUUUGAGUUUAACCUGCCCUUCUAUCCUAUAAUUCCUCCCCUCCAGCUCCUACCUGCAGGACCAUCCCCAACAACAGGGAGAAAUCAAGGGCUAUGAAAGACUGAGUCAAUCAGCCCAACUCUACCACCACUUUGUUACUGUUUAUGUUAUUAUAUGUUCAAGUUUUGUGUUAUUUUUUUCUACUUUGACCCUCUACUUGUACCCGACCCAGCACUCGUUCACAACUGAGAGAGCCAGUGGGGGAGAUAGCAGAGAGGCGCCCUUGUUCUUGGACCAACCAACCCAAAAUUAAGAGAAUAUGGUAGGCAGAUGGUUCACAAGUCCAUGAAGCACUUUUGCAGACAAACAAGAGAGGUUUUUUUUUAAGAAAUGAAGUGCUGAGAGUGGCCAAAACUGUCUUUUACAACAAGUGUGGUAGUAUUUAAAUCUAAGUGUAGUAAGGUAACUGAUGUCUCUUUGUUUCAGUGUCAUAAAGUACUUGUAUUAAAGUCAAAAGGGGGGGGAUUCCAUCAUGGUGGUCCAAGGAUUUUGUCACCUCUCUGUGAUCUUUGGUAAAAAAAAGAAAUCACAACACUGGGGAACAGGUUUUGUCCCCCUCUCAGUAUUGUAGUGUGUCAUUUAAUGUAUUUGUACUGUUUGAAUAAUGUAAACACGAAGGACUGCAACAUUUACACAGCAUUUCAGGUUCUCAAGUCCAUAGCAGUCUGUUUUGUAGCUGAAUUCCAACUAAUUCAUAGAUGAGGAAACAGCGAGCUGUGUUUCUGCUCUGUUGUGACUGAUUUCUGUCCUGCCUGUGGGCAGCGGCAAGCAGGGAUUAGUGUGUUUGCAUGUGUGUGCUGUCAUGUUUGUUACCUCAGUACCUCUUGCUCAGUGUAGACACCAUACUGCAGUGUUGACUUUAAAACAAAAGGGGGUGCUAGUGUCGCUCAGCAUCCACCAUGAGCAGGGAUUACACCAGUUAGUAGCUCGUAGACUUAAAAGAAGAUAGUUCAGGUCAAUUUUUUAUUUAUCUCUGUAGGGAUUAAGACCUCAGGUGCACUGAUUCUGGACCUGAGAGACAGCUUUUACAUUAAAUCCGAAGUCGACUUUACCUGACUUCUUUGACUUGACCCUGAGCUUGAUGGCUGAGAUACACAAGUGAUUACAGUAGCACAGUCUCAAAGGUACAUGACAUGAUAACAUUGCCUCCUGCAACAAAAGGUAACGCUUUAUGAUACAAUGGCACGCACAGGUGAACACCAAACCUCAGAAAAAAAAGAACAAAGCUGUCAGGUCAUCUUUCAUGAUUUUUUUUUUCUCUCAAAGAGGAAAAAGGUGCUAGAUAAUACCAUCUCUUAUACACGCUGUGCAGUCUUGAAUCUGGAUUGCAAAAGUGUUUUUGUUUUUUGUUUUUUGGCUAGGAAUUGUUGUUUUUCGUAUGUCCGUCUUUUGUUUUGUCUUAGUGCUGAAAAAACAAUAUUAUCAAACUUGCUUCUUGAAAAUCAAAUUGUAUAUUUUUAAGUGAAUUGUAGAUGUUUUUUUAAAUGUCAAGGCUGCCAAAAGUACACAAAACCCAAUAUUGAAGGCCUAAAGUGCUAUUGACUUUGUUUUGUUGAGGAAAAAAAACCUAACAGUGAAUGCAGCAUUGUACUUGGUGAUCACUGACUGUGUUGUUUGAAACCACUUCCACCAGACAUAUCAGCCAUCAGCCAAUAUAAAUACAAUCAUGUAAGACAGAUGAUUAACAUUUUCAUCAUGUGUGAUGUCAUGCAAGCUUACACUGUCUGUGCGAUACCAUAAGGAUCAAUACAAACUUGACCAUGUCCAGCUAGAAUCUAUGGUGCUAAAUUGUCUUCUCUUGACAUUCAAGGUUGCUGCACUGUCCCACAGCCAAGGCAAUGUUUAUAACACAUAACCAUUUCUCUAACCUGGGAACAUUUGUAUACUUUGUACCUUUGUUUCAGUUGGUAAUUUUUAUUUUAUUUGCCACUAUGUUUAAAAAAAAGUGUAUUGCGUGUGCUUACUGUAUCUCAGCUUCACUGUCAAACUUGAAACAAUCAUCUGCUUGCAUUGAAGUAUGCUUGUUGCUACUUUUAAAUAGGGAUUGUUACAUUUGUUCAAAUGUUCACCAUAUCUGUUGCACUUGUUGCUACCAGAGUCCAGCUAAAAGCUGAAAUGACAAUCAUUUAGUCACACCACAUUUAACAGCUAAGGAUCAUUAAGUCAGACAUUCAUCAUGACAGAUCUUUACAUUUUUUUGAAUCAUCAUCUUUGUACAAAGACAAAACCAAAGAUUUCUGACACCAAAUGGCAUUCAAAUGGCACCAAAAUGAUGGUGAUUCACAUAAUAUUGUAAACCUUCGUCUUGUGACAUUAAUGGCAAUAAAGUAUUGUGGGUUAUAUUUUUAA